UCUGUUUCGUCUGCUUAGUGCUUACUGCUUACUACCAAUCAAUCCGUUUUAGGUUAAAUACAUAGCAAGUUUAAUAGCCAAUUUUUAAUUGAUUUUACGUGCUAUUUUUGUAAAUGAAAUCUCAUUUCAUGCCUUUAUUCAACAAAGAAAAAUUGCUGUUGUUCUUGGAAGCUAAAUCUAAAAAUAAAUUGCUUAAAUACAGUGCCCCUUUUUUCCUACUAGUCCUAGGGGGAUCUGUUUUUCUAAAACAAUUUACAAAUCUCAGGUAUGAAUACUCAUCUACCCAAAGAAAUUUGAAACCAGAGGAAAUAGAAGGGCUCAAGAACUUGAAGAAACCUGGAGAGGUUACUUUAGAAAAAGAAUAUGAGAAAAUGAAAGAGAUGGACAUAGACACCUGGACAAACAAAAGAGGACCCAGGCCCUGGGAAGAUUCCCAAGAAAGCUAACUAGUCAACAGUUAGUCAUUUAAUAUGUAAACUUAGUGAAUCAGUUGAGUAAAAUACAAAGAAACUCAAAAAAAUGUUUGAUGAAGACGAUCCCGCAGAAGAGGACAUACCUUCAAGUCAGAUACCUCAGAAAAAAAGGAAACUAAAUUCUUGUGAAGUUGUCCACUCCUCUCUCGGUUACGAAAGCUUCAAAGCACCACCGUUAGUCGAGUACAAAUCCAUCGAUAGCUAUUGUGAGAAAAAGUUGGGGAAAUCCCUCUUGCCGUCUGUGAAUGGUUCACCAUCGGCGUCUCACAAUACGCUGAGCAGCAUUAGCAGUCCUAUUGUGUUGAAAAACCCAAAUCAAUCUGGCCCUAGGUUGUCAGGGAAUGAUAACUAUGUACCUCCUUACUUGUUCUUUUCAGUAGAGGAACUGUCUGUAAUUACAUCGUUGAAUCACUGGUCAAACACUAAGGUGUGUCCAGUAGGGAGAGUUGAGUUGGACUUGUCCACACAAGAAUGUUACCUUCAUAGUGUCUUGGAGAAAGGAUCCUGGCGGUUACUGUUGGACACAUCAGGGUUGAAAGAAAUUCCUAAAAUUAAAACACCACUUCAAAUAUUCGGAUGUAUGGAAGUUAACGAAGGAAAGCCCAUUUUGACAGUUGAUUUCUACAGAGAUCUCAGAUCCACAGAUUUAACUCUUUUUGUCAAGUCUUACAGAAUGAUGCAAAAAUACGUUCCAGACUUUUUGAAUCUACAGAAGGAUGAGUUUCGUCAACCAAAGGUCCAGUCUCCUGUUGACAAGUCGGGAUUUGGUUGUCAACUAAAUGAUACUUUGGAUGAUUACAACAUGUCCAGCGUUGAGAUGUUGGCGUGUAAAGAAGGUGGUGAACAAGCUGAUAAGACUAGUUGAAUAUUUGUUAAGAUUUGAAAAACAUAUUUUAGGAUGUAAAUAAAUUAUUUUUCUUGUUA